AUGCAUGAAAGGUUAAUGUUAUAACAAUUGUGAGUAUCCUCGGUGUAAUAUCGCUUUGCCGUUAGUGACUCUCAGGAUGUAGCGAUGAUCAGUUCGGUUCUGUUUGACGCACGGAGGAUUGGGGCUCAGCCAUUCCGC